AAAGUGGGCUCUCUUCUCCUCUCGCUGCAGAGAAGCUUCCAGCGUCCAAUGUUCAGACGGCGACCCACAUGACCGUGCAAACGCCUAGCCCCAAACACGACCAGCAUUUUAAACCCUCCAGAUCUGGCGCCAAAGUCCAAAUACAUUUCCCCGAAGAGGUCAAGACAAGUCGGCAGGUCCGAGGCAAAGAUACGACAAACGUCAAAGUGACGGACAGUGUUGUGUCACACGGUUACAAAGUGGUGAAAACGAGCGUGUGGGACCACAUCAAGGCUAGUCUUCUGAGCCGAAAAUAUGGAGGGACCAUCGCCACUGUGUCCUUGUCCAGGAGGACUAUCACUGAACCUGUCGUUGGCAAACCAGUCAGGCCGACCUUGGCUGACAGUGACGUGAGCGUACAGUUACCUCAGUCCUUUGUCAAUACUGAGGUGGCUGCUCCACUGACUUCAGAAGGCAUAAAACACACAGACUCCACAAGGCCUAUUGCACCUCCACCAUCUCUUUCUUCUCAGGCCAGGUCCACCCAGAGCCUCUAUGCAUCCCAGGGUGCAGCUACGAGCUUGAGCCCUGAAACCAUAGAGUGGAUGUCAAAGGCCACAGCAGGUUAUGUUGGUAUGAAGGUGUACAGGCCUCCAGGCAGAGCUCCUCUGGGACAUGAACUCGACUGGAUGAGGCCCAACAAUGAACCUCCAGAACUGCCCAACUCUCCACCAGUACCAGUGCCCCUGGCAGAGAGGAGACUUGCAGAUGUGACCAUGAGUGAACUGGGUCCCUGGCUAGUGGAUCGAAUACCCCAGUCUCCAAGAGAAGGGGUGGCGCUGGUGAACAACAGUUGGCAGUGGUAUUACAGGCGGUACAUUGACGUCCGGAAGGGUGGCGUUGGUGGAAUUGGAAUGCUGCUAGCUGGCUACUGCCUUUUAAGCUAUGUGUGGUGUUACCCACAUUUAAAACAUGAACGCUGGAGGAAGUAUCACUGAGAAGAAAUUGGUGGGACUCGGGGACCUUAAUGAACUGUAUUUAACUCUCUGGAAGUUAAUGUGAAUGUGGUUUGACUGUCUGAAUCGACUGAAAUUAUAAUGAAUUAGGCAUGUACAUGAAUUUGAAUAGGCUGCAUAUGAAUUACAAAAGGAUGUCUUUUGCUUUGGGAAAAUACCAAGUAGAAACGUAUGCGAUACGUCACAAUAUAUGAACUUAUUGAAUGUCUUUUUUGCAGCCUCUAACAAGGAGUUAGUGAAUUGUAACGCUCACAUGUAUUUUUGUAGACCAAUAAAGGUCAUGUGUUCACCAGGCACA